AGGUUCUUCGCUUUGCCAGAUCUGGAUCUCGCGGGUUCUUUAAACUUCUUUGACGUAUUUUUCUCUCUCUGAUUAGCAGAUGAUAUCGUAGAACUCGUUCAUUAUUGUACCUUUUUCAUUUAGGGAGACCUUGAUUUGUUGGGCUUGUUUAUUGUUCUUUUCGUGCUACGGACUGUCAAUGGAGAUAGAGCCUCUUCAUCUUUUCUUCAUGUCUGUUGUAAAUCAGUUUCAGAUUUAAAGAAUAAAGAUGGUUAGACUAGAAUCCUGGGAAGGAAGUUCAUUGUUGUGAGUCUAAUAUAUUAAGCUGGGGCCUCUUGUUAUGGUUCUAAUGGUAUAUUUCACUAAAUUUGUCUGAGUUUUUUAAAAGGUUGACAAAUUAGAGAGAUGGAGGUUUCUGGUGCGCAACUUUGUAAAAUUGACUCAGACUGCUUGAAUGAUGGAGGCUCUGAAGUCUCGAAUUUGCAUGGCCUUGAGUUGGAAUCAGCGGAAUCCGGUAUCCGUAGGAGUCUUGGCUCAGACCAAGAAUUCGAUUCCAUGGAUGCAUUGGAGAUCUUGAGAGAAACUGUGAGGAUCCUUCGGUAUAAUUCCUCAGGUUUCCUGGUGAUUACAGCAGUGCUCAUUUGUCCCGUCUCUGCUGUUGUCCUCUCUAAUAUCCUCGUUGACCAUUCCAUUGUAAAGAGACUGACUAAUAGGCUCUUGUUAGUUGCCAAGUCAAGUGGGCUGCCCUUGAAAUAUUUUAUUAGACAGUCUUGCCAACGUUUAUCAGAGAUGACCAUUUCUGCUGCUUUCUGUUUCCCUUUGUACAUCACAUUCUCGCUAUUAUCCAAAGCUGCAAUUGUGUACUCUGUAGAUUGCACAUAUUCCAGAAAGAAAUUCAAUAUGUCAAAGUUUUUUGCAGUUAUCAUCAAGAUCUGGAAGCGCGUUGUCUCAACAUAUACAUGGGCCUGCAUGGUUAUUGUGGGUUGUCUGGCCCUGUUUCUUGUUCUGCUGGUUGCCGUUUGCAACAUUGUUUCUAUCGUAGGGUGUCCAUCUUCUGUGAUUGUUUAUCCAGCUGUGAUGAUGGGACUGGUAUUCUCCAUAAUUUUUGCCAAUGCUACUAUUAUCUGCAACCUUGCCAUCGUCAUCUCUGUUUUGGAGGAUAUAUCAGGCCCUCAGGCUUUGCUUAGGUCAGGUGUCCUAAUUCAAGGCCAGACCCAAGUAGGGCUUAUAAUAUAUCUUGGAUCAACAAUAGGGAUGGCAUUGGUGGAGGGGUUGUUUGAGAAUCGAGUGAAGACUCUGAGUUAUGGAGACGGGCCUUCCAGGAUAUGGGAAGGACCUCUUCUGGUGAUUAUGUACUCCAUCGUAGUGCUUGUUGAUUCUAUGAUGAGUGCAGUGUUCUACUUCACUUGUAGGUCAUCUAGUAUUGAAAGCUCAGAGGGAGAGGCCAACACCACCUUGGAAGUUAUCGAUUUUCCCUCUAGAUCAGUUGGUAUUGACUGAUAUCACCAUGCAACAUUGGUUCUGUUUCAUAUCACUUAAUCUCAGUUAAUACGGAGAAAGGUGGAGUUUUGACUAGCAGACAAUCAUUGAAAGAUCUAAGCAUGCAUUCAAUUUAUUUUCCAGCAUCAGUUUUGUAAUGCUGAUGCUUCAGCUCUCUAAGAAAGGAAAGCAUCCAAAAACCUUGUAGCUGCAAAGUGUUGAUCAGGAAGAAAUUUUGAAUACGGAGCAUUUUGGAAUUUUUUUGGGUAUACAAUGUAUUUCUUGCUGUGACUCGAAAUUGAUAGAAAGUUACCUCAAAUUGUUUAGGAAAUGUUCUUUUCUUCUGUUUUAUAUUUGUACAAGUAUAUCACAACUAUAGCUCAAGAGUUUGGAAUUCAUGGAUCAAAAUUGAUAGAAAGUUACCAAUUAUGCAGUA